AUGUCUCUUCUUUCUUCUGACAAUUCCAAACCACAUGUGGUUCUGUUUCCUUUCAUGUCCAAAGGCCACACUAUCCCCCUUCUCCACCUAGCUCGCCUCCUCCUCGACCGUGGCUGCGAGGUAACUCUCUUCACCACCCCGGCAAAUCGUCCGUACAUCGUUCAUUCUCUCUCCGGCGAUGAUAUUACCAUCAUCGACCUUCCAUUUCCCGCAGACAUACCCGGAAUACCAACGGGAAUUGAGAGCACCGACAAACUCCCGUCCAUGUCUUUGUUCUUACCUUUUGCCAGAGCCACAAAACUCAUGCAACCCCACUUUGAAAAGACUCUGCAAACACUUCCUCAUGUCACCUGUAUCGUAUCGGAUCAGUUCCUCCAUUGGACGGUGGAAUCUGCCACUAAGUUAGGCAUUCCGCGGCUGGGAUUCUUUGGUAUGAGCAACUACGCCAAUGCACUCAGCCGAGAUGCGGCUGUCAAUGGGCUACUGUCAUUACACGAGUCCGCUGACGAACGCUUUAAUCUCACCAGCUUUCCAUGGAUCAAGCUCACCAGGAAUGACUUUGACGACCCGUUUAAUAAACGGGAGCCUUCAGGUCCUCUAUUCGACUUCAUAAUCGAGACGAUUAUAGCCAUGUCCAAUAGCUACGGCCUGCUGGUGAACAGUUUCUACGAGCUCGAGCCACUGUAUGUAGAGUACUGUAACCGCGUGUCUAAACCCAAAGCAUUCUGUGUUGGACCCUUGUGCUUGACCCGGCUACCAAAAAUGGAGCCUGUCCAGGAACGUAGAUGGAUUCAAUGGCUAGACCAAAAACUGGAACAGGGAAAUCCAGUUCUCUACGUUGCUUUCGGGUCCCAAGCAGAAAUAUCAGCAACACAGUUAACCGAAAUUGCUCGUGGCCUUGAAGAAUCGAAUCUGAGCUUCUUGUGGGUGGUGAGAAAGAGUGGAAUAGGUAUAGACGAUGAAUUUGAAGACAGGAUAAAGGAGAGAGGAAUGGUAGUAAAAGAAUGGGUUGAUCAGAAACAGAUUCUUGAACACGAAAUCGUUCAGGGAUUUCUAAGUCACUGCGGCUGGAACUCCGUAUUGGAGAGCAUAUGCGCAGGAGUUCCGAUACUGGCAUGGCCAAUGAUGGCAGAGCAACUGCUGAAUGCAAAAAUGGUAGUGGAAGAAAUUAAAAUCGGGUUAAGGGUGGAAACAGUAAAUGGGUCCAGUAACAAAUUUGUCCAGGCGGAGAGCUUAAAGAAUCAGAUGAAAGAACUUAUGGAGGGAGAAAAAGGGGACGAGGUCAGGAAGAAGGUGAAGGAGGUGGCGGAGACAGCAAGGAACUCGAUGAAGGAGGGUGGCUCGUCUUGGAUAACACUAAACGAACUCAUUAAAGAGAUUCAUUUGAAAAAUGAGACGGACUAA